AUGGACCUCAACUUGGAGGAUCUUCGCAAGGCCCUUCGCGAUCUAGGCGAGGACCCCUCGCCCAGCUGGACGAAAGUCGAGUUGCGCUAUCGCCUUCAGGAGCUCACGGGGAAGGACACCAGCAUCAACGUGAAGACGCCGGCCAAGGACACAUCGCCCAUGUUGGGCUUGGUCAAGAAGCUCAAUGCUGCGUCCCGGAAGAAACAGGAUCUGGUGACAUUUUGUCGCGACGAGAUCUCCAUGGACAUGAGCGGCCUCGAGAACAAGACCAUUGCCCAACUCCAGAUGCUUGCCAUGAAACAGAUCAGUUCCCACACGGCACUACAUCCUACGGAUCUCCUGGGUUUCGGGAAACAUGUUCGACGCACCUAUCUGGAUGUGGCCCAGAACGAGAAAGAGUAUUGUUCAUGGGUCAAGACCACGGCGGAGGAGAACCCUCACAACAGCGAUCCUCGUCUUCGUCGCUUUGCCCGAUGGCUCCAGCUCCAGGAGGAUUGCGAGAUCCUUCCCGAGGUAGCGCCCAAGAAGGAUUUCACCACUCAGUUCCGCCCGGCGGCUCGCAAUUCAAGCACCAAGAAGAGUACCGAAGCCACCAACAGCGCAAGCGCGUCCAGUUCGAGCGAGGCCAUGAACCAGCAGAUGAUGGCGACCAUGUUCGAGAUGAUCAAGGAUCUCCGAGGGGAGAUUGCAGAGCUCAAGGGCGAGCCCGUUCGCAAGAAAGGUGUCAAACCGGAGGAGAGUGGGACGGAGACGGACGGCUCCUAUGCGAUGGUGACGGUCCAAAAGUCGGGCGCAAUUGAGACGUUGAAUUUCGAGGGUGACGAAGGGUCCUUGGGAGAUUUCGAUUCGGAAGAGGUGUUUCUUCUUCGGGAAGAGAUUGAGUCUGUUGAGGAAAUUGCCCAAAAGUUGCCAGGUAACGCGGACUUUCGACAUGAUUCCUGCGAGCAACUGCUCGAAAUGAUUCCCUACAAGGCCCAGAAGCAUCAUAGGAGCAUGUUAGGAUCCCAACCCGCGUCCUACAUUGCCCUGGGAGCCUUCUCGCAUGGUAACCAUUACGGAGUGACCCAACGUACGAAACAAAUCCCUCAAACUGUGAAGUAUCUUCUGCGGUAUAUGAACCAUUGGAACAAAGGAAGUUUUACGUGUACGUCCCUGGUGAUCAAUCAUAACGCGCAGUGCCCUUUGCACAGGGAUGUUCACAACGACCCCGACUACCUUAAUCGGAUCAUAGGUCUGGGCUCUUACACCCAAGGGAAACUGUGGGUUGAGUGUCCAGACCUCUCAGUGCCGCAGAACCUCACUCGCAAGGUGUUGCCCAACGGAGCCGUGGCGAACGGCCAGCUUCACGACAUCAGACAUCGAUUGGUGGCCUUCCCACCGAAGGCGUGGCAUGGCCCGGAAGAUUGGAACGCUCAUCCCGAAAUUCUGAAGAUGGCCCUUCCCCCAAAGUGGCAUACGGUGUCCACGGAUAUAGGACACUGGAAGCAUCCCAAGACGGGUGAAGUGGUCCAGUUUAUGUUGAUUAUUGAUGAAGGAGCAGCAGCCUGCCUGCAAUACUUGCGCGAGGGCUGGGGUUCGUAUUUCGGUCUUCCGAGGGCUUUGAGAUUGGAUCCGGCGGGAGCUUUCAGAUCUCAAAGUGUGGUGGACUUUUGUGAUCGGGAACACAUCCUGCUGGAUAUUGUUGCAGCGGAUGCGCACUGGCAAAUUGGCGUGUGCGAACAAGCCAUUAAAGGUGUGAAAGAGGUGAUGUCGAAGAUGUGUGAUGAUGACGAUCAGGCCACUCCAGAGACUCUGUUGGCUACUGCAGUGUCCGUGUUUAAUCAGAGGGAUCAAGUUCGAGGAUUCUCUCCGGUUCAACAUGCCUUUGGUCGAAGUCCUGAUAUCACGGGUCGUAUCGUCACCUCAUGUAAUCAGUUUGAGGACGUCUCCGAGGAAGGCCCCACUGAUGCGGAAUGGUACCGGGCACAGGAUGUUCAGGAAGAGACUCCCCCGCUGAGGUUUCGAGUGCGAAGCCCAAGACCUCGUGUUGGUUCCCCAAGUUCCCUCUUUCUGAGUGGUGAGUCUGAGAGAUGGACCUCCCAGGUUCCUGAGUCUGCGUGGUCUGCUGAGUGUGUGUCGUUCUGGGAAGAUCAAUCGGCUGCGGUUGAGGUUGAGAUCGACAUGCCAAACACAGCGAGGCAGUGGGAACGCGCCACCGCAAACUUAUCCGCGUAUUUCACAGGUGCCCUGAAAAGACAGGCUGUCGAGGUGUCGGAAAAGCGUCUUAGUCCCCAGGAGUUGGCCCAAUUCAAGGAAGCAAAAAUGAUCGAAGUGAAAAACUUCCUUGCUGCCAAAGCCUUUGAGGUCUUGCCCAAACAUUUGCAGCCUAGUAAGGAACAGGCCAUAGGAAUGAGGUGGGUUCUUACGUGGAAAACGAAGGACUCAGGCGAGGUUAAAGCCAAGGCAAGGGCGGUUCUUUUAGGCUACCAAGACCCCGCCUAUGAGCAUCGUGCCACUACCGCCCCGGUUAUGACUAGACAAACCCGUCAAAUGCUGUUGCAAGUUGCUGCGAAUCACCGGUGGAAUGUCUAUAAAGGUGAUGUUUCAGGUGCGUUUUUGCAAGGCAGAGAGUAUCCUGGGUCCCUGUUUUGCAUUCCGUGUGACGAAAUAUGUGACUGCAUGAACAUUCCUCGUGGAUCAGUGACUAAGCUGAAACGUGCGUGCUACGGGUUGGUGGACGCUCCCCUUGAAUGGUACAAAACGGUCUCUGAGUUCCUGGAAUCCUUAGGACUGGAAAGGCUUUGGUCUGACGCGUGUUCCUGGGUUUGGCGUUCCGAAGGUAGGAUUCAGGCUAUGGUUUCAGGGCAUGUGGAUGACUUCUUGUUUUCAGGAAACGAAGAUAACCCGAGGUGGAACGAGAUUGUCCGGAAGAUUAAGGAAAGGUUCCACUGGGGCGAUUGGGUCUGCAACGAGUUCAUUCAAUGUGGGGUGAAGGUUUCUAAGACGGAAACGGGGUUCUGUUUGUCUCAGGAGAAGUAUGUUGAAGAAAUCCCAGAGAUCCCCAUCAGUAGCACCCGCCGUAAGGAUUCGAAGGCUGCCACCACAGGGUGGGAGAAAACGCAGCUGAGGGCACUACUGGGUGCACUUAGCUGGCACGCACAGCAGGUUGCUCCCCACAUCAGUGCCGAAGUAGGGAUCCUUCUUUCCGAAGUCAAUACAAGUACAGUGCAGCAUCUCACUCAGGCGAAUCAGCUGCUUCAAAGCACUCGGGCGCGCAAGGGGCAUCGGAUGUUGAUUCACGGGUUCGGUCCUACGACGGAGCUAGGUAUGUAUGCGUGGGUUGAUGCCGCUAGUCAAAAUCGUCAUGACGGAGGUAGCACUCAAGGUGUUUUUAUCGGCAUAGCCCCCGUUGCCUUGUUGAAGGGUGAAGUUUGUCCGAUUACUCCAAUCUCUUGGCACUCCCAUAAAAUCGAUCGUGUGUGUAGGAGUCCAGGUGCCGCGGAAACCCAAGCGGCCGUCAACGGUGAAGACCAACUAGUGUACGCCAGGUAUCAAUGGUCCGAGAUUCUGUAUGGCAAUGUGGAUACUAAGGAUCCCGACACGACUGUGAGACGUACUACCGGAUGUGUGAUCUCCGAUUCCCGCAACGUGUAUGACAAACUGCAGACAGAAGUCCUCUCUAUCAAAGGUGCCGAAAAGCGCGCGAACCUGGAGCUUUUGGCCCUCAAGGAAGCACAAUCGCGAACCAAUGUUCACAUUCGUUGGGUUCAUUCAGAAGCACAACUUGCCAACACGCUUACCAAAGCAAAUGGAGGUCGUGAACUUGAACUCUUUUAUCGUAUGGGACAUCAAUGGCGAAUUGUCGAAGACGAUCGAAUGCGUUCAGCGCGGAAGCGGAAGGCAGAGGGCAUGUCGCCUCUCCAACAGGAGUCAACAGCAGUUCAAACUCCAGAAGAACAAGAUUAG